GCGGACUUCCCUCAUAUUUGCACCACGGAAGAAUAUUCGCGUAUAAAAGCGUUGGUGGCUUACCUAAUCGAUACAGUUUAUUCUUAAUCGUUUACUCGACAGUGAUCUUCUUCUAAUUUUUCGCAUCUUCACGCUACGAUGGAUUUCACACUCUUGAGAUCGCUGAUCCUGAUGUUGGUCGCUCUGAUCGCGCUCGCUGUCGCUGCUCCGGAACCAGGCUACGGAGGCGGCGGUCACCAUCACGGUGGAGGCGGUGGUCACCAUCACGGUGGAGGCGGAGGUCACCAUCACGGUGGAGGAGGUGGAAACCAUUACGGUGGAGGUCACGGAGGUCACUACGGAGGUGGCGGCGGUGGUCACCACCAUGGGGGUCAUCACCACGGUUGAAAAAUCCCGUGAAAGCACUCGCUAUUCCUACUCGGGCCUCGCCUCGCACUGUUGAACUAAAGUUACCACUAAUUUAAUUAUUAAUUUAUGUGUUAAGUAAAUGGGCUAUUUAUUUAUCUCCGGAUAAAAAGCGACGAACAGGCAAAAAAAAACUAGAGCUGAUCCCAUUCAUGAUUUUCUUGUAUUGUCCCUUCAACGAAGGAGCAAACGCUUAAAAAUUGAUCGGUCGUAAUGUGAUGAUUGACGGAAGUUACCCGAAAUGGAUACGUUUUUCGAUCUCAAGGAGCUUCAAAAGCUCCGUUAAUUAUUCAACUAAAUUUUUCUUCGUUUCUUUUUGUAAAUAUGCCUUUGUAAAAUUUGUAAAAAGAAUAAAAAAAAUUUGUAAAUUACUUGCGAUGUGUAAAUAAAAAAUUCAAAA